AUGCGACUUCUAACACAUAAUAUGCUCACAUCGCACGUUAAAGGUGCUGAAUCAGGCUAUCCAUUGAUUCUAGAGGCUGCAGAAGUUAUUCUACGCAAUGUCGAUUUCAAUCCUGAAUUUAUCAAGAGAAUGCUUUCCAAAGUGAAUUGGGAUGUUUUAUAUCAAACUGCCAAAGCUAUCGGACAUUUGAAUGAUAUACCCGAGCAACUUCAACCAAAUGUAGAAAAUGAUGAAGAAUUCUUGCGAAAAGCACACCAUGUAUUAUUGGAAGUGGAAGUAAAGGAAGGCCACUUAAUUUGUCCAACUUCAAAAAAGAAGUUUCAAAUUAGUAAUGGUAUACCAAACAUGCUGCUGGGUGAAGAGAGUUCAAGUUAA